GUAAACAAUACCGCUAUUAUAAUUUGUAACACAAAGUUGCAGCGAAACGCGAAGGCGACGUCUGUUGAGGCUGCGUCCGUGUUAGAGGUGCCGGAGCAUACCCUUGACCGGCCGUCAGUCGCCGCGCGACUCUCGGUCAGCAUCCUUGUGUCUACCACAGCUAGCUAUAAAGCCGGUUCACCCCGCGGACACCACAGUCCAGAGCCAUGCGCCUCCCCCUAAACGCGAUCGCUGACGCUCGCCGAAACGCGACUUUUACGCAUAUCCCGAUCGCAAUUUUGCGCUUUAUACUCUACACUCACAUAUUCGAAUAAUUGACUAUCAGUGAAAAAAUACUAGUGCUAGUGAAAGACUGCAAAAUGAAGGGACGGAGCGAAGAGUUUGCGCCCCAGCCUGAGCUGCAAGAGCUUCUUCAGAAGCCAGGCAGUCUGCCUCUACUGUCCCAUCGGAAACGCGCGACAAUAAUCCCGACCGGGACAGCGAGCAAGGAGAAAUGCGUGGAGGAGACCGAUGUAGUCUCUCAGGCCAUCGGCAACUACGGCCGCUGGCAGCUGCUGAUGACGUUCCUGCUCUCAUUGUUCUCAUUCCCCUGCACAUUCCACAUAUACCUGCCGACGUUCACGGCAAGAGAAACGAAAUACUGGUGUCGGAUGCCUGACAACUUUACAGGACUCCCGAUUGAAAAUUGGAUCAACUACAGCCAGCCCAAUAAUAACUAUUGCCAAGUUCGGGACAUUCCCGCGGGUGUCACGGUACAAAGCAUACUGAAUGGCACUGCACCAUUGCUGGAUACAUUCCAAACGUGCCAGGAAUGGGACUUCGAUCGGUCUGAGGUGGGAGACACCAUCAUAUCGGAGUGGAACUUGGUUUGCGACAGAGCUGGAUUAACUAGUUUGGCUGAAGUUGUGUUUUUGGUCGGUGUGGGCAUUGGAGGAGUAGUGGGCGGCUGGAUUUCUGACAGAUUCGGGCGCAAGCGUAUCCUGAUGGGCAUGAUAGUGGCGCAAUGCACUCUCGCUAUCCUGUCCCUCCUUGUCCGCUCGUACCUCCAAUACGUGAUAGUGCGACUCAUCAUGGGCCUGGUGUCGGUGUCGGUCGUGUACGCCGCCUUCGUGCUGUCAGUGGAGCUGGUGGGCGGGAAGUGGGUGACCAUCGCGGGCGUAUGCAACUUCUUCCCCCUGCCGUUGUCUUAUAUUAUCGUGACGCUGAUCUCCUACGUACUGCCCAACUGGAGGGCCUUGCAGCUCUCGUUAUCUCUGCCGGGAUGCUUGCUGAUUAUUUUGUGGUUUUUCUUACCUGAAUCACCAAGAUGGUUAUUGAGCAUGGGUCGCACUCAGGAAGCCAAAGCAAUUCUACAGAAAGCAGCUAAAUUCAAUAACAGAGAAUUACCGGCUGAUCUGGACAAAUUAUUGAUUAUACACAGAGCAGAGAACCCCGAGGAAGAGCCAAGCGUGCUUAUGCUGUUUUCAGGAUACCUACUAAAAAGAACAAUAUGCCUAUUCCUAUCGUGGUUCUCAAUGACUAUCGCCUAUUACGGCCUGCUGUUGAACAUUGGCAACUUCCAAUUGGGUGAUCUACAUAUGACGUCUAUUAUACUGGCUGUCGUAGAAAUUCCUGCUAUAGCUAUGAGCAUCCCUAUUCUGCUGAAGGCAGGACGACGAGCUCCAAUAUUCAUCACCAUGCUCGUGUGUGGCCUCGCGUGUAUUGCUAGCGAGUUGUGCUCGAUGUCCUUGGAUGAGAAAUGGGUCGUAAUACUUUGCCUCAUGAUAGGAAAGUUCGCGAUUGGCGCGACCAACAUGAUGUUGCCGAUAUUCACCGCCGAGUUAUAUCCUACAGUGAUAAGAAACUUGGGGGUGGGAGUUAGCCAGAUUGCUGCGGGACUAGCGCUCAUCUGCAUUCCAUAUUUAUGGAAACUGAAAGCGCUGAAUGAGCACCUGCCGAUGGUGACGAUCGCAGCGCUGAGUGCAUUCGGUGGCGCCAUCGUGCUGCUGCUGCCUGAUACCUCCGGCACUGAGGACAAGCGACCCAAGGACAAAAAACCGUCGUUCGACAACGCUUCGCCGUGCAAUGGCACUUUCACAGUCACAGACGAUAGAGGGCACUAGUUACCUCCGCCAAUGACAAAGACUACAUA